UUUAUCACUGCCUCUGAACAUCGGACCUCCAGUCCCAGGUCAACACUGCACCAUGUGGUUCUACAUAAGUAUUUUGACAUUUGUUACAACUACCAGAAUGGAGUGGCUGUUCCGGCGAUGCAAUAAAGAGGCUGUCUUCUACUCUGUCUUUCGGGCGGUGCUGUUCAUGACAUGUAUGCUCUUGGUCCUGUCCCUGUAUUCCGUGUUGUGGUCUGUUGGGGUCCAGCUUCAUUCAGCCUUCACAGGGAGCUAUGUACCAGGCUACCACUCUGUCCUUCUCAUCAACAGUCCCAACGAAAAUGCAGCCAACGACAUUGCCAGGGCAAUCAUGGAGAGGCGGCUGGCAGCCAGUAUUAACAUUCUCUCCAGGACCUCCACAAUGUACUAUUGGAAAGGCGAAAUCCAGGAGGCAAGUGAAAUUCUAAUGCUGGUGAAAACAAAGACCUCCAGGAUCAAGCAAGUCAUAGAAUAUGUGAGGUCUGUCCACCCCUAUGCAAACCCAGAAGUCCUCAGCUUCCGUGUGGAGGACAGCAGCCUGGCUUACAUGAAGUGGAUGGAUGAAGCCAUUUCAGAUGACUGAAGUCAUUCAAAUCCAAGCCAAUCUCUGCAUGGACUGCAGCCGAACAUGGAAACUGAGCCAUGUGUACAGGCUGUUGUUUGAAGGCUUUGGAUCAAAGGAUUCAGAGAGUACUCUGUUGAACAAAAGUUCAAUACUUGACAUUUAUACUAUUUUUUUGGAUUUGACUUCAGCCCAUAAAGAGCUGUAUACCACAGCCAUAGAAAAUACUUGCUUCAGACUGGCUGUUAACAUUGCAAUAUAAAGUAAUCUGCUUUAUGCUAUGAUGUUCCCCGUUAACUCUUGCUGGUGAAACUGACCGAACGUGGCUUAAACUGAUUUCAGCUAAACUGAAUUUGAAUAGCCUGUGGAGUAAGGAGCUAUGGUACAAGUGAGAUAAUACAGUCCAAGGUGCAGUAUUUUCAUGUGAUGAAAAAUGUCUUAUAGUUCUGCUUUUUAUUUAUGUAUUUAUUUAAGAUGACAUCAUUCCAGCUGGCAGCCGUUAAGGUUUGCCUUUAAGCUAGGUUUAUAGUUUGUACUGGAACAUAUUGAUGGCAUGACCAGACCAUAUAUUGCCUGUUAUUGAACAUAACAUUGCCCAUACUGUAACAUUACAAAUUGCAUUCGUUGUUGUGAAUUGGAACGUCAAAACAUUUUCCAAAAAAUAGACUUUCCAAAAAGAGCAACACAAGGACAGGAUGUCAAAGCAAUCUGCAUAUUCCUACUUUUGCAGUAAGUAAUCUUGUGUACUAUAUUUACAGGGCAAUAUUGCUGUACUGUGAUCUAGGUUAGCUGAACUUGUAGUAAUAAAACAUUUUCCACAUUGUAUAACCUCAAAUGAAGUCACACAGAACCACUGAGGUUACAUUGACACCCAGAUAUGAAUGACAGCACUUGGCAUUAUUGCACAUCUUGACCCUGUCUCUCACUUGUAUUUCUAAUGACUAAUUAUAAAAUGUUUGCAUUGUCUUAGUUGUAUCUUGAAGAUGAACUGCUGUUGAUCUGAGCAGGUCUCCCUUGUGAUCUCCACAGGAGGAGAAUUGAGCAACAAAAACAAACUAAUUUGUUAAUCAGCUCCCAACUAUAUUUGCAUAUCUUGAGAGAAUUACCGGUCAGAGCCUUGUUCUUGCUUUUACAGAUAUACAUUGGAAAUACGGUACAUGACCACAGAGGUGGCACACAAGCUUUGUUCAAUGUAACUGUGUGCCUGUAAAUGUGCUAUUGAUUAAAUUUCAAAAAGAAAGUCAAUAUUCUAGAAUACAGCAAAUCUGCCAGUUAUACCAUGCCAUAUGUGCGGUUCUAAAGGUCAGGCAUGCACGCUUACCUCAUUAAACAAAAACACUCACUAAGCCUCAGUCUGUAGACAGCGUUUCUGACAUGAGGCCCCAACAAAGGAACUGCAGACGUGGUUUAGUCGAGUGUUUGUGCCAGUGGAGACAAAAAAAUCCCUCCCGUCGGGUCAGGAGAUCAGGCCGUUUUUUGGCAGUGUGUGUGUGUAUGUGCAUUUCUGUGUGUGUGGGCAUUUGUUACUUCACUGCAUAUGUAUCCAUUCAUAUUAAUGUGUAUUUACUGUAGGUGUGUACACAUCAUGUUUGAAUAUGCUACACAUACGUACAGGUACUUAUUGUAAGUCCUGCAACCUCAUGAAAUGAUCACUAGAUGGUGGUGUUUCAGUACACUUAAAAACACAUCAAACUGUUACCAGAUAUUCACAUGUGAAUCAUAUUAAGUUACAGUAAUGCAGAUUACCUGUUGUUUUGUGCACUUAAUUUAAAUUUUAUAUAUCAAAACACAAUCCACUAAUUUCCCAACUCAAUAUAAUUCUUGUAUGGUACCACUACUACUCACUACCACUCCUCUCCUGAGGUUUUGGAGCAAACUUUCUCCACUACUUAAUAUGAAAUCAGGUUCAGUUGUAUGCA